AUGGGUGUCCGCAAGUGGCUGCCAGAGACGCAGUCAUGGGACAGUGGCUAUUCGUGGCUUUCCUACGGCGAGGUGGCCGAACGACGCAAAAACUUUGGAGCCGGCCUCGUGGAGCUUCACCGUCGCAUCAACCACCCUCGAGACAAGUACGGCAUUGGGAUUUGGGCCCAGAACAGACCGGAGUGGCAAAUAGCCGACUUUGCCUGCAUGUCGCAAGGGCUCUUUUCGGUAUCCCUUUACGAAACCUUGGGUCCAGACACCACCGAAUACAUCAUCAACCAUGCCGAGCUUGCUUGUGUGGUCUGCUCCCUCCCGCACGUCCCAACACUGCUCAAGCUUGCGCCUCGCCUUCCUUCUCUCAAGCUAGUCAUAUGCAUCGACGACCUUGACAAGGGAGAAAUGGCGGGCUACUCGACAAAAGAUGUCCUCAACGCAAUCGCAACAGACCGUCUCGGCAUUCAGAUCUUGUCCAUGAGCGAGGUUGAAAAGCUUGGUCUCGAGUCCGGUCGUCCCAUGCGUCCUGCUGGCCCUGACGACCUCUACACCAUCAACUAUACUUCUGGCACAACUGGCCCUCCAAAGGGGGUCCUCCUUACCCACGCCGCAAUGGUGGCUGGCAACGCUGCCUCUCGCAUUCCCGCAAAACUCUCGAGUGACGAUGUCGCGAUAUCGUACCUCCCAUUGGCUCAUAUCUUGGAAAGAGUGCUUCAGCAUGGUACUAUUUCCGAAGGCGCUAGUUGUGGCUUCUUCCGAGGAGACAUUCUAGGGCUGGUAGACGACAUGCUUGUCCUCCAGCCCACCGCCUUUGUAUCUGUGCCUCGUCUAUUCAACCGUUUCAACACUGCCAUUAGAGCUGCGACAGUCGAAGCAGAGGGAUUCAGGGGCACCCUAUCUAAACGAAUCCUUGACACAAAAAUGGCUUCCAUGAAGCUCCCCAUGGGUCAAGCCACCGUUCAGCAUUGGCUGUGGGAUCGCGUCUUCACACCAAAGGUCAGGGCCAAAGUCGGCCUUGGCCGGGCAACCCGGCUUGCCAGCGGCAGCGCGCCGCUCGACCCCAAAGUUCAGGAGUUUCUUUCAGCCAUGUUUGGAGUGAGGCUCACCCAGGGCUACGGCAUGACGGAAACUUCGGGCCUCGUAACGGUGCCUCUGGCUGGAGACUUGGACACUGGUCACAUCGGUCCUCCCAGCCCGGCUGCUGAGAUUUGCUUGGAGUCGAUUCCCGAAUUACAGUAUACUGUUGACGACAAGCCGUACCCCCGUGGAGAGAUCUUGGUGCGCGGCCCGGUCUUAUUCAAAGGGUACUACAAGAAUGAGCAAGAGAAUAAAAAAGUCAUGGAAGAAGACGGAUGGUUUCACACGGGCGACGUCGCAAUGGUUGAUGAGCUAGGCCGCUUCACGAUUAUCGAUCGGAAGAAGAACGUACUCAAGCUCGCACAGGGUGAGUACGUGGCGCCCGAACGUCUUGAAAAUGUUUACACUGCGAAUUGCGCGCUCAUCGCCACUGCCUUUGUGCAUGGUGAUAGCCAAGAGUCCACUUUGGUUGGCAUUUUUGGCAUCAGCCCCGAGACGUUUGCGCCGUUUGCGUCCAAAGUGCUCGGCCAGUCGGUCAAGCAAGAGGACAUUGCCUCGUUGAAGCGUGUGGCCCGCGACCCAAAGGUGCAGAGGGAGUUCUUGAGCACUCUGCAGACGAUUGGAAAGAGGAACAAGUUCAACAAGUACGAACACGUUGCGAACGUUUUCCUCGACGUCGAGCCGUUUACUGUUGAAAAUGAACUCUUGACACCCACACGGCAAAGGGCAAGUUGUAAAGAGGCCCGUGCAAUUCGUCGUGUAAUUUACAGUCAGAAUCGAGCCCAAGAUGCCACGCGUCGACAGACACAAUGGGCCGCUUCCCUUGCGGCCGAUGCGCAUCUGAGGCGCUCCUUCUACUUGCCUACCUGUGCAUGGGACAUUGGAAUUGUUAUUGUUUCUCCCGUCUCCAAGAAAUCUUUUGCCGUCGUCCAUCUUUCCCCUUCCCCACACGCACCUCACCAUCCGACAUCGAAUAGCAUUACCGUCAUCCGUACCAAAAUGCAGUCCUGGCGUUAUCACCUCUACUACUGGGUUGCGUCGGUCGUUUCGGUCCUUGCCUACCGUGUCUCUGCCUGGACUGAUGGCUGGGACCUGCAACCGGCCCAGGUCUGCUUUGCCGCUCUCUCUUGCAUCUCGUUCAUGCUUUACUUUGUCCUCCGACUCUACGGCCCGCUCCGCAACAUUCACUACCAACUCUUUGCCGCAACGUACAUUCUCGGAUUGGUGGUGUUGCCACACCACUGCAUCGUGUCGAUGUCGAAAUUUGCCCUGAGGACACUCCUCGUCCGCGCAUUCUACCGCAUCGCCGUCGGCCCCAUGUGCUAUCGCGGAUACUCGAGGAUUCGCCAUUUUGUGCUCGCGGCGACGUUGAUGAUUGCGCUGGGGGCAAUGCCGCAUCCCUUUUCCGCGCCGGUUGCGAACCCGUGGUUCAUUGACGCCGCCGUCCAUGCUCUCUUUGCCUUUGCCGCUAUUGGAGCUCUCGAGAGUGUCAGACAAAAUGUAGGGCAUGAUCCUCACCCGCCGCAAAGAAGAGCAGCGUGUGCUGACAUCGCUGACGAAGCGUCAAGACAUUGA